AUACAUACAUGGAUAACCAACCUGUGCUCAUAUUUGACGUAAACAACAUAAACAAACAAUAUUUCAUUCUGGAGCAAAUCUACUUAACGAAAAAUAAUAAAGUGUAUUAAUAAUCACUCAACAAUCAUAAUGGAUGUUGAAGCUGUAUUAAUGAUCGCCAAUGUUGUACAGCCUCUUUAUCAAGCCGUAUUUAGUAGUGAUUCUUCGACAAGCAGUGAGGAGGAUGAAGAAAAUGAUGACAUGAUGAUGUGGCUAGGUCUUAUCGCUAGAUAUAAUGAGCCAGUGGUUCGUAUUCAAAAUUAUAUUGAGUAUUAUGUGCCACAAUUUUCCUAUGAGCGUUUCCAAGCUCAUUUUCGAGUUACUAUAGAAGCUUUCGUAACACUUGAAAAUCGAAUUGGGCCAUUAAUAGCAAUACAUAACGAUGGAGCAGGAAGACAACCUAUAUCUGCUCGUAAGCAAUUGCUAGCAACAAUAUGGCUUUUAGCAACACCUGAAUCUUACAGAUCUGUUGCUGAUCGGUUUGGAAUAGCCGAAUCAACUUUGUGGCAAAGUGUACAGCGAGUAACAAAUGCAUUAAUUGGUAUUGCACCUCAAAUAAUUUCUUGGCCUACACCUGCACAACGUCAAGUGAUAAGUGCUGCGUUUGAACAAGUUGCUGGCUUACCGACUGUUAUUGGUGCAGUUGAUGGAGCAUUUGUAGAAAUAAAAGCACCUGCAGUAGAUAAAGAGGUGUAUGUCACACGAAAAUUUUUCUAUGCUUAUACAGUACAAAGAAUUAGUGAUUCAAAUUUAAAGUUUAUUGAUAUUUACACUGGUUGGCCUGGAUCCGUGAGUGAUACGAGAAUUUUUAGAAAUUCACCAAUAUAUGAAGAUGUUAUGGCACACAGGGCUGAAUUUUUUGAUGAAGAACAAUACAUAAUUGGUGAUAAAGCUUAUCCAGUUCUUGAUUGGUGCAUUGCACCAUAUAUAAACCGAGGCAAUUUGACCGUUCACCAAGCACGCUUCAACACAGCACAUGCACGACAGCGUGCGACUAUAGAAAGGGCUUGGGCGUUGCUCUUUGGACGUUUUCGUAGAUUGAAAUACUUAGAUAUGACCAGAGAAGAUUUGAUUCCUUCUACGAUUUUGGCUUGUUGUGUUUUGCAUAAUAUUUGUUUGGAUCACCAGGAUUUAGAGAUUGCCCAAUUUGAAAAUGAAGGACAUAUUUUCAGGAUUGAUCGAGAUCACGAUCAAGAAAUAGAGCAAGUAGUACUUAAUCCAGAUGCAGCAGCAAUAAGGGGAUUACAACGACGAAAUGAACUUUGUAGACUGAUUCAUGCCAGACAUGCAGCUCUACAACAAGCGUGAACGCAUUGCACUAUUACAUUUUGUAUAAGAUAAUAAAAAUGUACGAUUACGAUUUAAAUUCUGUUGACACACCAGAUUGUCAAUAUUGUAUUAUAUGUAUUAAUAAAUAAAUAGUAAAAUGAAGGUAUGCAUUGUGUAAAUUAUAUUAAAUAAAAAAUGAAAAAUCUGUACCAAAAUAAUUUUAAUCAACUAUCUCUUAAUGACGAAAAAAUAAAAGAAGGUAUACAAUAACGCACAAAAAAAAUUACACCUAAAA